AUGAGCUUACAAUCUGGUUCCGAAUACCCAUUCAAGGAGCACGCUUAUUUGAAUGCCAGUGGAGCGCUCUUCUUGCUACGGCUUUUCGUCGUUCCCUUUCUCGUUUACGAAUGGUUUAUCGACAUUCUUGUUUCGCAGUGGCUGGAGGCGCUGAUACACAUUUCUGCAGGAUUGGUCCUUUCCAAGGCUAACAAUCUGCUACUAAGUUGCAGCAUAUCACUGCCGUCGGAACUGGAUGAUCUUGGUGGAUGGCCGAAGAACCAGCGGGAACCACCUUCGAAGACGUCACACAAUACUCAAUGGAUUUGUCCGGAGAUUGAGGUAGACAUUUGUUACUGA